AUGACCAUCAAAAGCUGGGACCUGUGUCAGAAGAGAAGGAGUCCAGCUAACAACAGGAGACAAGCUGACCUUAACCUGGGACCCAUGUUGCCUGUGGCAAUGGGACAUCCUCCAGCAGUUUUACAGGCCAUUCAACCAGAGACUAGCCAAGAUGCUUCAAGACAAGGCCUUCCUAUGGAGCCAGUCCUGAGAGGAGGGACCAGUCUGUCCUUGGAACAGCCGAAGUGCUCCACAAUGCUGUUGCGAGUUGUCCUUUCUGAGACCGAGAUCAGGCGUCUUUCCAUCGAAAUCACUCCCCCUAAUGUUGAGGAACUAUGCCAGGUAUUACGUACAAAACUUGGCCUGAUAGGUGGAUUUAUUUUGCAAUUUGAAGACCCUGCGUUCAAGGAUCAGCUGACCAACCUGACCGACAUCCAAGACCUUCCUGAGGAGCGAGCAACAUUGAAAGUGCUCUUCACAACUGAUGAAGUUCUUUCGGAUUCCACAUUGGAUACAGCCAGCCUUCCAUCUGUCAGUGAUGGGGAAUCUGACUCACAGCAAUGGCCUGAGCCCUUCCUGAUUCCAGAGUUCUCCCAUGAUGUUGAACUCACACUGCAAGAAGCAAAUGGAAGAUAUGCAAAGGAUGGAUCUGUGAUGGUGGUUCCUAAAGGUAUGAAAACUGAUAUCCUGGACACACUUGCUGACAGCAUGUCAAAGAUUAGUCCCUGUCCGGAGAGGCAGCACUAUGAGAAUGUUGCCAAAGCGCUUGUGGAGAAGCAUCCCAGUCUCAAAGAGCCAGGAUCUGGAAAGGGUUGGUACGGCUGGUUCCACAGCCUGAAGUUUAAGCUUGGAAACUAUCGGCAGAAGUUAAGUGCAGCUGGAUGUCCAGAGGUGAGAGUCAACAAAAGAAAAGGAGAAGAUGCCAAGGGACCAUAUUUGAAGAAGUCAAAGAAGGGCGAGCUACACUACUGUCCAGAUCCCCCUGAAGGACUGAGUGCUGCAGACAUGGAAGAAAAGCGGAGGAUGAUUGAGGUGGAAGUUCUGAAAAAAGACCCAGAUCACAAGCAGAUAGAUGAGUUGAUGUCUGCCACGUUUUCCAAGCGCAGAAAGGAGAUUGUAGGGGAUCAACCUCUCAUCGGGGAUGUAAUGGCAAAAUGGCCUGCCAUGUUCUGUGAGAGACAGGUUCGGGCAGAGUUUAAAAGAAUUGUAGGCAUAGACCUUCUUGAGUCGUUCCUCGACGGACUUGAUGACCUGGUGCCAAGACUGCUGGAAGUGUAUAAAGCUGCGACCAAGUCUGGGAAGAAGCCGGCACUGAAAGCCAUUUUGGACUGUCUGAAGAAAGAUGAUACAAAUGAAAGGAGAAGGACUGCUGCUCUGCUGGGUCUGCCACACUACCUAUCCGAAGAGCCCUCGGACAUCAUCAGGAUGUGUGACGCCCAUGGUGAGACUCUAGCUGAAGCCAUGAAGGGUAUACAACUUGGCCUACUGAUAGGCUAUGAAGGUGACAAUCAAGACGCCUUUCCAUGUGAGGUGUUCAGUGUAGCAGUUGUGGUUGAGGAGACUGUUGUCCUUCACAACUUUGAGGAUGUGUCAUCCAGCUUCACCAUGCUUUUGGGGAUCAUCUACUGCAUAAACCUUGAGUAUCCACGAGCCAUGAAGUAUUCUUUUGAGUUCCUUCAAAGGGUGGUGAUGAAGAUCAAACCAGAUCAAGCCUCUGCCAGAGUCCACAGCUUCCGAAACAAGCUCCUAAGGUAUGAACUGUAA